UCCCAACUAACCGAACCAAAACCUCUCUAAAACCCUCUCUCUCUCUCUCUCUCUCUCUCUCUCUCUCAAAUGGCCCUCUGUCGUCUCUCUGUUGCAGAGAAAAGGCUCCUCUUGCAGAAAGAAGGAUUUUUUAAACCAGCAAGAAGAUGGUGUUCUUCUUCUGCUUCUCCUUCUACUUCUAAGAAGAGUAAGAAGACAUCUCCUUCCAAGAAAAUGGAAUCCAUGAAAGAGCAGAGAGCGAUUGCCGUCGAAUCCGUAGUCAAGAAAUAUAUGGAAUUGAAUCCUGGAGUCUUCCCGAAAGUGACACAAGUUCAUGAAGAAGUUGGGGGAUCAUGGUACAUCUUGAAAGACAUCCUUACGGUACUGAAGGAAAGGAUGACGGUCAAUACUCAGAUUCAGACAGAAAUCGCAAGUGCAAAAGAAGAUACUACUGUAGAGGAAGCUUCUAAGGUCACAACAAUAGAAGAAAAUCCAGAUAGUUCCACGCCCAAAAGUAGAGUUCAACUAUCAGACACAACGGCUGAUCUUCACAUGCAUCAGAAAUCUCUGACAGGUGAAAAAUCACUUGUGACAGUAGAGAAGGCUUCUGAUGCUACGGUGAUGGUAGAAGAUUCAAAUAAUGCCAAGCUAGUUGAGGCUCGGGAUGGAUAUCAACUGUCAGAUAAGCAUUCAAACGAAGCCAUGCAGCAGCAUGAGAGAGACCAAGAGGCAUCAGAGCAGCUAGCUGGAAUGAUUAGUCAAAUGCUUGGGGAAGAAGCUGAUAGAGAAUCGCCGAAUGGUUUUUAUUCAAAUGAUGCGAAAUCAAAUAAAGGCACAUUGGUAGAAAAUGAGGACAACCUGCCAGAAAGAAAGGUGACUUCUUCUCUGGCCCAAGAUUGGAAGUCUGUUCCGUCAAGCAUGCCUGUAUCCAACGGGCGAAAGGUCACCAGCUUAUCUGAUAUAUUCAAAACUCAAGAGAUGGAUGCGAGAGCAGAUGAGCAAAUGGGCAUGGCAAAUGGUGCCUCAAAAAAUGCUUGGUUUUCAGAUGUGACGAAAGGAACACCCACUGGUGACAAUGAUAGGAGAGAAAGCAGAAAUAGUGGGCUUAGACCCGUCAAAGAUUUUGCUAAAUCACCACAGCUGCGUGCCAUUUUUGAUCAGUUUUAUCGGCCUAAUCGAGGCCCGAGACAUGAAAAUUCAAGGGUCAUUGUGCCCGAAAGGUCGAGGCUUCUAAACCAAGAUGGAAAGCAAAAGACGCCCAGUGGGCCCAGUGUUCGUGAUGAGAUUGAGAAACCUGAGCGAAAAGAAAAACAGGUCUGGCUGAAAGAAUCGAGUUAUUGGGAUUUCAUAGUGAAAGACGACAACGCCAAAGAGGACAAGUCCUGUUGUGGUGGGAUGGAUCGACUUGACAAAGAGGAAGAGCGAACAAGAAUUUCCUUUGAUAUGUUUGACUCUCAGUAUGUGAGUGAGGAUGAAAGUGGAAGUGAGUGUGACAUUGCAGCUUCUGAUUACCUAAAGGCAGAAUCAACUAUGCGGAUUCAGCCUACUCAACCUACUGGUAAAGGACUGAAUACCAACAUGUUUCUUUAUACAGAAAAGGGAAGGGAGCAAAAGUCUCUUGUGGUGAAAUUCUUGCCGAAAUCAGCCAAGGAGGAGAAUAUUCAUGUUGCUUUUGCAUUUUUUGGGCCAAUCUCCAAAAUCUGCAUAGUACCUUCAAGGGAAGAGAAUUGGUUCAAUUAUGCUUAUGUGUACUUCAAGACAGAGGAAGGACUGAGGAAAGCUCUAACAAGAAGAGAAAUGGUUGUGGGUGGUGCAGAUGUUGCUGUGGAAGCUGGUUCUCCUUUGCUGAAAAUGCCUGACAGGAUUUGUUCUCCUGAUCUAGUCAGAGUUCCUAAUGUUCCCACAGCUUUACUGAAAAAUCCAACACGAACAGUUAUGAUCAAAGGUCUGCACGAGGGUCUAGCUUUUCAUCAUCUGAGACGUGCACUCUCCUCCUGCGGAUGCAUCUCUAGCUUCACCAUGGGCCCCUCAAGUGAUGUCGUGUAUGUUGAGUUCGAGACAGAAGAUGCCAAAGAAAAGGCCCUUGCGACACCCUUUAUCUCUGUUUCAGGAAAGCAGCUCUCUCUCCUCAGAAUCGAUACGCCAAGAACAACGGUUGUGCGGAUUUCAAAUACUGCCAAAACCGUAAAUGCAAAGAUAUACCACAUCUGUGCUUCAUAUGGGAAAAUCAAGAGAUUAGUUCGUAGAGGUAUCGACAUCGUUGACGUGCAGUUCCAGCUGAUUGAGUGGGCAAACAUGGUCAAGAUUCUCAAUAGAUUAAAUGGGUUGGUAAUAGAUGGACACCGAUGGGUUGCACGGCCGGGGACUGUUAUACCAGCUGAAAUCCUUCAAACCCUUUGGAGCGAGCCAGAUGGACGGCAAUACGUGUGCUCCCUGAUUCAGAAACUGUGUGGGGAAAUCCAAGGGGGUCUAAUCGAUGCGGCUGAUGUAACUGGUCUUGUAUCAGUAUACUAUAGAGAAGCCCUGGCGGGGACUGUUGUACCAGCUGAAAUUCAUCGAACCAUUUGGAGUGAUCCAGAUGGACAGCAGAAACUGCGCAAGGAAUUCCAAGGAGCGUCAAUGGAUAUGGCUGAGGUAGCUGGGAGUUGAGAGGAGAACAACAACAAGAACAAAGAACAGACCAUGUGGAUUGAGGGUAAAAAGAACUGCUGAAUUAAAGGAGCGUGGAUUUGCCAAUGUUAUUUGUUGUUUUGGCGCUAUUUAUUGAAUUCUCAGCGUCUCAUGAAAGUUGAAAGAGAAGGCAGUUUUGAUGAGAAAUGAGUAUUGCCAUAAUGAUUUAUAUUCAUGUUGUAGCU